UGCCGUUGACGUAAUUCAGCAGCGUGCCAAAGCCCCGCCUUCUCCGAGAGCCGUUUCACAUCCAUGUCAUUCUGCUCUUUCGGCUUUAUGUCUUCAACGCACAAAUAACACCGAGCAGCAGCGCGUCUACAUGACCGCAGCAGGACCCUGUGCACUGAGCUCCAGAACUUUCCGAAGCUCCUGCUGGAGAUGAGGAGAGCAUGGCCCGCAGGAGAGAUGACGCUGCAGGCGGACAGAAGCUGAAGGGUGAUGCUGAUGGUGCGCAUCCCAUCAUGGACAGCGAAGACGAGGAGGCUCUGUCUCUGGAGGAGAUUUUACAUCUAUACAAUCAGCCCAUCAAUGAGGAGCAGGCGUGGGCUGUGUGUUAUCAAUGUUGUCGAUCUUUACUGAAGAGGAAGGAGGGCGCUGCUGCCGUCGGACCGGGGGAUGUGAGGAUCUAUAGAGACGGGGCCGUGCGCUUAUAUGUCGGAGUCACAUCAGGUGCACACAAUCCCACCCGCUCGUCCACACAGCAGGUGAUCGAGUCUCUGGGUAUCGUGAUCUAUAAAGCUCUGGAUUAUGGGCUGAAGGACAGCGAGGAGCGAGAACUGAGUCCGCCGCUGGAGCAGCUCAUCGAUCUCAUGACCAAUGUGCUCGAGACGGACAGCGACUCCUGCCCUGAUGAAGGAUACUCAGCCGCUGAGGAGGAGGAAGAUGACCGACAGGAGCAUCCGGCUUAUCCAUGCCGUAUCCGCGGAUACCGUGACAUCAUCAAGAUCUGCAGUCUUCACCUGUCCAGCCCCGCAGAUGCUGUCAGUCAUUAUCAGGCCGUGUGUCGGGCACUUCACGCCGAGACUAGAGAGCUUCAUAGCUUCCUGGAGAAGAUCAAGAGUGUCAAAGAGAACCUGCGUCAGAUGGAGGGAGACACAGUUGAUGAUCCGGGCAGAGAGCUGAACGAGCUGCAGAAUGCUGAUUGGGCUUGGCUGUGGGUUCAGAUGAUGCGUGAUCUGAGGACGGGUGUCAAACUGAAGAAAGUUCAGGAACGCCAGUAUAAUCUGCUGCCCAUCGAGUUUCAGCUCACACCGUAUGAGAUGCUCAUGGACGACAUCCGCUCCAGACGCUACAAACUACGCAAGGUCAUGGUGAAAGGAGAUAUCCCUCCCAGGUUAAAGAAAAGUGCUCACGAGGUCAUACUUGAGUUCAUCAGGUCCAGACCUCCCCUCAACCCCGUGGCAGCACGGAAACUCAAACCGCAGGCUGUACAUCCGCCCACGCUUCAUGAACGCAUCCUUGAGGAGAUCAAGACUGAACGGAAACUCAGGCCUGUAUCGCCGGAUCAGAUCCGCAGGAGUAGACUGGCAAUUCGGCCUCUUAGUAUGUCUCAGAGUUUUGAUUCAUCAGAUGUGUCCUCCGCUGACAGUUCGAUGAAAGCCUGCAGCACUCUCUCGCUGGCCAAUGGCGUGUCACUUCAGCCAAACAACUCCGGUGGGUUUCAGAGGAGACGUCUUCAAGCACCCACCCUGUCUGAACUCGACAGCUCUGAUUCAGAUGACGAGACCGCGGGUCAAAGGUCAGCCAGCUGUUCCAGCCUCUCAACAUCUAUGGUGGACGACACGUCUCCAGAAUCCGUCCUGGGGAAGAAAACUCCGCCCAUGUUCCUGCCCAUCUCGUCCACGCCUCAGCCCGAGAGACGACAGGCGACCCAGCGGCGACACUCCAUCGAGAAGGAAACACCCACCUGUGUACGUCAGUUCCUGCCGCCCUCCAGACAGAACUCUAAAUCUCUAGAGGAGUUCUGUUUUCCUGUGGAGUGUUUGGCUCUGACUGUGCAGGAGGUGAUGCACAUUCGACAGGUCUUGGUCAAAGCUGAACUGGAGAAGUUCCAGCAGUAUAAAGACGUUUACAACGCUCUGAAGAAGGGGAAGCUCUGCUUCUGCUGUCGGACCAAGAGAUUUUCUUUCUUCACCUGGUCUUACACCUGUCAGUUCUGUAAAAGGCCUGUGUGUUCGCAAUGCUGUAAGAAGAUGCGGCUGCCGUCAAAGCCCUAUGCAAAUCUACCCAUCUACUCGCUGGGUCCGUCCACGUCCACUCUGAAACGAGACACGGCAUCCUCCAGGCCAGAGAAAGCCGGCACGAGCCAACAUCGACCCGGCCUUCAGAGAACAAUGACCAGAUUAUCUAAGAACACGAGACAGUCGUCGUCCUCACAGGAUGAGACGGAGCUGCCGAAAGACCUGAUGGAGGACUGGGCGACCAUGGAGGUGUGCGUGGACUGUAAGAAGUUCAUCUCUGACAUCAUCGCCUCCAGCAAACACAGCCUCUCAUUGGCCAACAAGCGAGCGCGUCUGAAGCGCAAGACUCAGUCGUUUUUUCUGGCUUCUGAGAAGGGUGCAGAAUACAGACCUUCAGAGAGAACCAUCAAUGAGGUUUAGAUGCACCGGACGUGAUGUCGUACAGAUGAGCUCAAGCCAGCGAUCAUGAGGACGUGUUGCAUCGUUGUGUCGUGAGUGACUGAUGUUAGGAUUGCUCUUCUUUGUAUAUACUGAUUUUAAAAUCCACGUGAAAAUCCACUCAAACCUGCUUUACCUCCAUCAGGUGAUGUUAGAGCUGGAUGAUAUAUCAAAUAUUCAUUUAUGCAUUAAUAUUGCCUUGAUUGUGUGUUUCAAACCAGAUUUAUAUUUGGCCACUUGUGUGUAUCUCUUGGGAGUGUAUGAGAACAAACACAUCAUUCAGUUCAUUUCUGCAAAAGAGGAGAAAUAUCACUUUAAAAGCUUCAUUAUUACUCCUAGACGUCAGUGAGGGCAAAAGAAAACUUUUGCUGAAAUCUCAUGUGCGUCUCAAAUAUAAUUCCUGAGAAACAGAGUCAUAAAUAUAUCAGUCAUUAUAUAAUGUCAAUAUUAUUGAAGAUCUCAAUAUCAACUCAAACAUUUCUCAUCAAAUGCAGAUUAUUUCACCUCUGAAAGGAGCAUUUUGAUAUCAUGUGUGUUUAGUCUACAUGACUUUAAACCGACAAGCACAAAUCCAUCAGAUGUGUAGGAUGGUUAAAGGAUAAAAUAUUAUUUUAUAUUCAUAUUGUGAAGUUAAAGUGUAAAUAUUUGUACAUUAUGUGUAGGUUUAAAUGUAAAUGAUGCAUCUGCUUGAAUAUUUCAUGAUAUUUCUUCUCCUGAGUCUCUCUUUUCUGAUUCAGACAAUGUGAUGCAAUGAGCCUGAGUUUCUUUAAGAAUGAAGAAAUGGAUUUAUUUUUAGUAAUAAUGUCUUUACGUUUUACUGUACAUAAUAGUCUUUGGCGGUCAGUAAAUAAUCGGGGAUGUAUAGCUUUUAAAUUCAAUCAAAGAUGUAAAUGAAUUAUCCUGAGCGCUGAGACAGUGAGAUAAUAUUGUGACGUCUCAUAUCACACAUAAAUCAUCAUCUGAAGGGAAUUUAUUUCCGAGAGUUUUUAUCUGUUUUAAAAUCAAAUUGUGUUUGGAGUUACCUGGAUAAUGUUUGUGCUUUUUUAUAACGUCUGGUUGAUAUGCUUGAUUCUGAUUGGCCAGUCGAGACAUUCGCAGGUUCGCUAUUCCCAGAUAACAACCGCUCAAAACUAAUAACACACGGUAACCGAAUGCAGCAAACCAUUUGAUUUAUUUCUGAGUAAUUAAAUAUAAAUUUAUCUUUUAAUGACGUACAUGACAUUAUAUUUACUUAUGAUUAAACUAAUUUGCUCAUGACAUUUAAACGACGUUUCUUACCGAAAGUAAAUGGCUUUUCCUCAUGGAAGGUCUGCAUUCGGUAAAAAAGAUCUAAUAAAAUAUUUCAAAUUCAUAUUUCAUGUCCAGUUUUUUUCAUGUGGCAAAAGACAUGUAGUAAGCGUGAUAAUGUUUACUUAACAACACCUCACUGUCUUUAUACAGUAAUGGUAAAAACAAAUGUGGUAUCAUGUUUGUUUGUAUGUGGGUUCCCAUGAUAAUAAAAACCUAAAAAAAAAUCAUACUGCUGCUUAGACUUUGCUGUUAUUGUCUUAAUGAACACAAUCAAAUUAAACAGAAUAUAACAUAUUUAAAUCUGUUAAAUCCAGUGAGAAGAACAAAUGAAAUCUUUGUAAAAUGAUUUUCUUAUAUCAUAGAAACUGGUUAGAAGUGAUUAUCAGUACAACAGUUCUUAAUAAUAAUGCAACAUCUUUUUUGUUAUUUGUUGUUCAAAAUCCUCUCAAUAAUUUGUUUGUUGUGCUAUUAACAUAAGUCCCACUUACAUUCUGUAACCGUUUAUCAACAUAUUACAAAACAUAAAACAUAUUUUUGUGAACCUUAUGAUAAUAAUUCACUAACAAAUGGUGUCAUGAUGUGAUAAGAUUUAUGGAGUGUUGUGAGGAUGCUGUGAGUUGGAUUCUUUCGCAGGUUUGAAAUGUUUGUUUUCUCCAUUAUCUGUGAAUCUUUUUAUUUGCCUUAGAAACACGCUCUUUUAAUCAUGCUUAUAUCCCUCGAAUGGGUUUACUUGUAAAUUGGGUGAACUUGUACUCUAUUGUGUAAAUAAAUGCGUCCAGACAGCUGCAGUCGU